UGUGGGCCGCAAGGAAUGCGGGGAGCCCCCGGUGGGGCGGGCGGGACGCUCUGGCCCGCUGGCGGACUCUCGUCGCUGCUCCCCGUGCGCGGCGCGGCCUCGGAGGCGCGGCUGUUCUUCCUGUCCGCCAGGGGGCGCCGGCGGGCGGCAGCGGCGCUCUGGGCGGCGGCGGCGGGAGGCGCAGCGAGGCGGCCGGGCCGGGGCCGCACCAUGUCGGCGUCGGAGUCGGAGCAGGAGCAGUACUCCUCGGCCGAGGAUGACGACUAUGUGCCCUCAGGUGCGGAGUACAGCGAGGAUGAUGAGAGCGAGCUGGUGCGGGAGGAGGAGCCGGCGGACAGCCCGCGGCCGCCCCGCGGCAGGAGGAGCCCCCGCCGCCCCGCCAGCAGAAAGAGGAAAAAAGGUGGUCUCUUGCUAGAGCCAGAUGAGAAAGAGGAAGAAAAGGCCCAGCAGAAUGGAGAGGAGCAGAAAGAAGAGGAAGUGGAUAAUGUAGAGCAAGCAGAAAGAAACAGAGAAGAAGAAGAAAAAAAGAAAGAGGAUGCUCUUUGGGCCAGUUUCCUCAGUGAUGUAGGACAGAAACCCAAAGCAGCAGCUGCCACACAAGUGACACAAAUCAGAAAGGCUGAAGAAGAGAACAAUGGGAAUAAGCCUCAGGAGAAGCCAAAAGAUUCAGGAAAAGUGACAAUCACCAAAACGUUUGAUUUUGCUGGUGAGGAAAUCAAGGUGACUAAAGAAGUGGACUCAAACUCAAAAGAAGCUAAAUCUUUUCUGAAGCAGCAAGAGAAACUGCAGUCAGCAGCUCCAGGUUCCUCGCCGACAGUCUCAGGGGUGAAGAGGCCAAGCGGUAUGAGUAGCCUCCUGGGGAAGAUCGGUGCCAAAAAGCAGAAGAUGAGCACACUGGAGAAAUCUAAACUGGACUGGGAGAACUUCAAGGAGGAGGAGGGGAUUGUGGAGGAGCUGGCAAUCCAUAACCGAGGGAAAGAUGGGUACAUCGAGAGGAAAGCGUUCCUGGAGCGCGUGGAUCAUAGGCAGUUCGAAAUCGAGCGGGACAUCAGACUGAGCAGGAUGAAGCCCUGACGUGCUGGGGGUGGCCGUAGGGGACCUUGCUCCCUUCUGUGCCCCAGGGCUGGCUGGGGGCUGCUGGCCACCAACAACCACCAAACACGGAAACUGUUCUCUACCCAAGACUCAGCCUGUAUGUCUCAGCAUACAGGGUUUUCCUUUUACUGUAAUAGUUUGGGGAGGGUAUUUGUCAAUGGUUAGGAGGCACUUCGAGGGUUAAAUGGCCCAGCAGCUGAUAGAAGACAUUGGUGUAAUUCUGGCAACAACUUUCCAAGAAGAAGAGGUGAUGGCACCCAUCGUU